AUGACACCACUAACUCAUGAUAAUAUUCAUAUAAGAAAAUUCGAAUCUGCUGUUAAACAUCUUCCGAGAGAUAUGAAAAGAAUCCUUGAAGAAGAAUUAAGACAUUGUAAAGAAGAUAUUGAUCGCUCAAUUCGUGAUAAUGAUAAUAGAUUGAAUGAUACGUGUAAUAGUGACGAUUUAAAUAGUAUCAAAUCUCUUUUGGAAGAAUAUAAAAAUUCCGAUGAUAGUAGUUCAUCAAUGGUUACAAAUGAUACAGUUCAAGCAGUAGAGAAGAGUUUUGUUAAUUUAACCGAACAUAUGAAAUUUAGUAUUAAAAGUACAGAUACAGAUAAUGGUAAUAAUGCACCACGUUUAAUUGAUAUGCUUCCAGGAGAUUUCAAUCAAAAAAUUAGAACAUUAAACGAAAGACUAGUACAAUAUCUUGUUGAAUGUGAGAAAGAAUACAAAGAGGCUUUAGAGGAAUUAGAUGUUACAUCUCUUAAAGAUAUUUUAGAUACAUCACAACAAUGGAAUUCGUUAUUUAUAAAAAUACAAGAUCAUUAUAAUAUAUAUCAUACCAUUGAUGAUUCAGCAAAUGCCGUUCCUAUAACAAUAAAAAAAUUCGCACUUUUUCCAAAAAUUGUGGAAUCCAUUGCGCCUAGGAUUACAGAGUUGAGAAGGGAGUUGAUUCGUCAAGAACUUAUCAAUGAUCUCACUAAAGGAUUUAGUAAACAGAGAGAUGAAUUUUAUAGUAAAUUAAAUGAAAAAUAUAGCAUUCUUAGUAAUGCUAAACAAUUUAGUAAUUAUAAAAUAAAUUUUGAUGUGAUAAAUGCUGAGCAAGAAUGCCUAAAAUCAUUAGAAAAACAAAUUACAGAGAUAUCUUCUAAUGCUGAAACUCUUCUAAAUAGAUUUAUUAGAGAUGAAAACUUGAAUAGGCAGGAAUAUGAUAGUUUUAAUUUAUAUUAUAAUAAUAUGAUAUCAUUUAAAAACGAAAUGAAAAUAACAAAAUUUGAAAUUAGUCAUAAAACCGAAAAGAUUGAAAAUAAAUUUUUUGAAAAAAUUCGACAAUGGGAAGCCCAAAUAGAAUCUGCGACAAGAAUUGAUGAUGUUGCAAAGAUUUUAAUACAUAUGAAACAUGCUGCUGAUAAUAUUCUAUCAUUCAAGCCUAAAAUGCAUAAGAAAAUCGAUGCGAUACUCGUUGAGUUUAAAAAUAGAAAAAAAGAUCCGACAGCUUUUGGGAAAUUAGGCGUACUUUUAAAUCAAGAUGAAACUGGUAUAGGUCAGAGUAUUGUAGCAGAACAUACUGCAUUCCAAGGUUAUUCAUUGUCUUUGUUUAAUGAAAAAAGUCGAAGACAUGGAAUUGAUUAUGUACUAGAAAAUAUAUCCGGUGAGGUUUUAGACAAGAAGAAAUUGAAAACGAGAUAUGAGAAGUUUCAUGAUAUCUAUGACCGUUUAGUCAAACAGUAUCUCAAACUUAAUGUGGUAUUGGAUCCACUAAUUGCUGACACCAAACUAUUCGCUGGAUAUGUGAAACAGCAGCCAAAAGAUAUUCAGUGGGACUCCACUAUAAGAAAUAAAGUACCUGAGUUAGCCGCUCAUGUCUUUGCAUUAUGGACACUUCAAAAUGCACAGCAUUACUUUGAAGCUGAUGGUGUAGGCAAUAGAGAUAGCUACCUCUUUCAGCCUCAUACAGCUCAAGUUAUUUCGAUAUUUCGUAUGCUCGGUAUUGAUGAUACUGAAGAAGAAUUAAGUAAUAACUUAGUACAAAUAGGAACUGGUGAGGGAAAAUCUGUGACAUUAGGAGCAACAGCUUCAAUACUUGCAUUACUUGGCUUUGAUGUAUGUUGUGCAUGUUAUAGUGAAUACUUAAGUCUACUGGAUUAUACAGCAUUUGUACCAUUAUUCGAUUCAUUAGUAGUUGAACAAUUAAUUUCAAACGAUUCGAAUAUUGCUGUAGAAAACGCAAAAAUAAUCAAACGUCCGAAAAUAUUACUAAUUGAUGAAGUUGAUGUUUUCUUUAGUCGAGAUUUUUAUGGCAAUGUUUAUACACCUGCAGCUAGUUUAAAAGAACCUACAAUCACAUCAUUAGUCAAUUAUAUAUGGACACAGAGAAAAUCAAAGUUAAAUUUAAAUAAGAUUAAAGAAGCACAAGAAUAUAGAAAUUGUUGUGUUAGAUUUCCAAAAUGGGAAUCAUUAAUUAAAGAAGCUAUUAAAGAUAUGCUUUGUGACGUAAACAGUUUCGAGUCUCAUAAUUAUGUUGUUAAAGAAGAUAAAAUUGGAUAUAUUGAGCAGGAUAAUAUCAUAUACAAUGCUGCCUAUGGUUACAAAACAUUAUUUGCAUAUUAUUUUGAACAUGAAAAGGGUAAAAUAAGUAGACAAAGCUUAGAAGAUAAUAUAUGCAUACGAAUUAAAUGUGGUGAUUUUUCAUAUGCUGAAACACCCCUUCAAUUUCAAUAUAUCAUGGGUGUUACAGGAACAUUAGUAACUUUAAGUGAUCCAGAAAAAUCAAUUAUAAAAGAUGUAUAUAAAGUCAAUAAAACUACAAUUACUCCAUCAGUAUUCGGUGCAAAUAAUCUUAAAUUUACAAAAAAAGAUGACAUUAGGAUUGAGAGCAGUGAUAACUAUUUUAAUGUGAUAAUAAGAGAAAUCAAUGAUAGAUUAGUAGGAAAAUCGUCAGAAAAACGUGCUGUAUUGGUAUUUUUCGAAUCACAAAAGAAAUUAAAAACAUUUUAUGAAUCAAAAGCUUUAGAGUCUAUAAAAGACUCCGUUGUUUAUCUAACAGAAGAAGCAUCAUUAACAGAAAAAGAAAGUUUAAUUAAACGUGCGACAUGA